AUGACUCCUGCGGAGAAACUUGCCGAGAAGGUGAAGAAGUACUUCAGCGACAAGAUGAAGAAAGCGGGCCUCAUCAUCCGCGAGCAAAAGAAGCAGACGGAUCCCGCGAGCCAGCUUGGGGCUAAUGUCAGCAUUGUGGAUUCAGCCAACGGUGUGACGAUCACAGGUGUGUACUGGAAGGCACCGACCAACGACGACACGAUCCCCUCCACGCAAGCACAGAUCAACAAGUGCGUUCAGAAGCUCGUCGAAGCUAUCCGUAACAACCACGAAUGCAGGGAGAAGGACGACUCCAAGAUCUUCCAGAAUCGGUGGGCAGAUAGCGCGACGUACUAUACGGUCCCCGAGAUGAAAGCAGUCGCCCAAGAGGUCAUGACGACGAUGAUUGACGUCCACCGGAAUGGAUGGACGAAGUCUAUCUACGACAAAGAGCAGCGUGACCUGCUCCAGAAGACUAUGCUCUUCACGUUCAAGGAACGCUUCGAUUGCCUCGUCGAACUUCUCAUGUGUUCCAAGACAACAUGCCAAGAUCUGAUGAAAGGCGAGCGCCACUAUUCGAUCAUCGGUAACCCUUACGCACUCACAAACCGCACUAAGAGCAACAAGGCGUCAAAUGAGACGAAGGAGGUGCGCAUUGCAGACGGUGCUGAGGUGGAAUCUUUGAGGAGGGCCGCGAAUGGAGAGGAGAGCCUACCCAAGGCAAAGGGCAAGAAGCGCGCCCGUGAGGAGGACGAGAACGAUGUCCAGGCCCGUCUCGUCGUGGCAGCGAAGCCCCCGAACAAACGUGCGCGAAAGAACGUCCAGUAA